AAGAAUUCUCCCGUUGACCAUCACUUUCAUCACCAGGCACGCAUCAUCUUCUUCCUCCUAGUCCACUGUAGACACUGACAUGGAACGCUAUCUAAGCUGCCAAGUGCCAUCUUUAAUUUCUCAAGAUAGACUAAGAGGCUUCUUCUCUCUCAAUCUCUCUUCCCUCCUUUCUUGUGUCUGUGUUUGAUCAGAGAAGCAGCCCUGGAGUUGAAUGACAGGACCCGGGUUUUAGCCCGUAGUCAAAAGCAAAACUGCCAUUGAAGAAGUUCAGGGCAGAGGAGAUUAUGAUCACUAUCGAUAUUCCUAGUGGUUUGAUUGAAUAAUUCAUGUCUGCAGAGCCCGUUAUUAAACCGGCAGUGCACUUUCUGUCCUUGAAGCCGAGAAUCAACACUAGAAGGCUUGUUUCAGAAGUGUCUGUUCACCGUUGUGCCGGAAAUUUGAGCUUAGGCGGUCUUUGAUCAGUCGAUAACUGGUUCAAAAAUCUGUUUGGCAAACAGUAUUAACCAUCGGAAAUGCUCGUUAGCAGAGCUAUCCUAAUUGUCCUGACCGCAGCCACCAUCAUCCCUGCACCAUUAAUCUCUCUGACCACGGCACACAACUCCACAAGCUGCACCCGGACUUGUGGGGUCCGCACCGUCAGGUACCCUUUUGGCUUCUCUCCUGGCUGCCCCAUACGACUCAACUGCAUCAACAGCACAGGAGACAUCAAAAUUGACAAAUUCCAAGUCCUCGACAUAACCCAGUCGAGCAUCUUCAUCAAACUCCCGACAAGAUGCAACCGCUCGAUCAGUUCAAUCAUGCCUCUCUUCGGUUCAAACUACUCGCCCACUCGGACAAACGGCUUCAUCCUCCAGAACUGCAAGGCCCCACAGAAGGGCUGCUAUGAGCAUACCUGGUUCCUGGAUAUCGGAAACUGCACUGAGAAUCAUAAGGGGGAUAAUGUCAGCUGCUUCUCUCCAGACAACAAGGGGGCUGAUGUCAUUGGGUAUGAGGCUCUAAACACGACCGGCUGCAAGUUCAUCCAAUCUUCAAUUGCAGCAGUGGAUGCCAACUCACUGAUGUUUAAGGCGGUGGAACUAGCUUGGUGGCUCAAAGGCUCUCCUCACGAGAUUUGUGAUGUGAAUGUGAGCAUUGAUAAUGUGACUCUCAUCAACGGCACCAAAGGUAUCCGUUGCAAGUGCGGUGACGGGUUCCAUGGCGAUGGUUUCAUCAAUGGAACCCCUUGUUGGAGAGCUCUUUCAGGUUGCAGCAGUCCGAGAUAUUUUUCCCAUCACUGCGGCCGAACUGCAAAACUGGGAAUUCUCAUGGGAGGGCUUGUUGCAGGCGCUUUCCUAAUAAGUGGUCUAACAGUGAUCUGUUACCUCAUCCUUCGACAUUCAAUCUCUUUGAGAAGCCGAAUGAGCGCGAAACGCCUUUUGCAUGUAGCAGCAGGUAGCACAAGUGUCCCCUUAUACACAUACAAAGAUAUCGAGAGAGCUACGAAUGGAUUCUCUGAGAGACAGAAGCUCGGGAAUGGGGCCUAUGGCACUGUCUAUGGAGGGAUACUCCACAACGAUGAGUGGGUAGCCAUAAAAAGGAUACGACACCGGGAUGCAGACAGUAUCGAUAAAGUCGCGAAUGAGAUCAAGCUCCUUUCCUCAGUUAGCCAUCCAAACCUAGUCCGUCUCCUGGGUUGUUGCAUAGAGGACGGGGAACAGAUCCUCGUUUAUGAGUUCAUGCCUAACGGGACGUUGUUGCAACAUUUAAUGAAAGAGAGGGGGACUGGGCUGCCGUGGACUGUAAGACUCAGGAUCGCGGCUGAAACAGCCCGUGCGAUUGCCUAUCUUCACUCUGAGACGAACCCUCCAAUUUUCCACAGGGACGUCAAGUCUAACAAUAUACUUUUAGAUUCCCAGUACAACUCAAAGGUGGCGGAUUUUGGUCUUUCUCGGCUCGGGAUGACAGAAGCGAAUGAUUCUCACAUCUCCACAGCUCCUCAGGGGACCCCGGGCUAUCUUGAUCCGCAGUACCACCAGCAAUUCCAUCUGUCUGACAAGAGCGAUGUAUACAGUUUCGGGGUAGUCUUAGUUGAGAUCAUUACCGCCCUGAAAGUGAUCGACUUCAGACGUCCCCACAGCGAGGUGAACUUGGCAGCGCUGGCACUGGACAGGAUCAGCAGAGGUUGUGUGGACGAGAUAAUUGAUCCGUCAAUCGACCCGCACUGGGACGCUUGGACGCUUUCUUCCAUACACAAAGUGGCAGAGUUGGCCUUCCGAUGCCUCGCACAUCACUGGGACUUGAGGCCUUCUAUGACUGAAGUGGCAGAAGAGCUUGAACUGAUAUGUUUCAGCGGGUGGGCUGCGCCGGAGGAUAAUAUGACGUGCAUAGGGGGGUCCUCGGUCGCUUCUUCCUCUUGCGCAUCGCCGUAUGGUGGAAGUGAAAAGUCAUUUGGCAGAGGCUUGUCAGCGAAGAAAGGUGGCGGGAGUCGGAGAUUAUCGAUCCAACAAUAUUACAGGAGGCCCGAGUAUUCUCAAAAUUCCACGGGGAACGGGAAGGACAACUCACGGAUUUCUGCUCACAAUUGUCAGUUAAGCGAUAAAAGUUCUCCUUCGGCAGCUGGCUUGUUACAGAAUAUGGUACCUUGAACAACAGAGUCUAUUACGGCAUUCCAUCGAUUUCGUCAGUCAAAAGGCACGGUUUAAGUAUUACCUGUGCCCCUUAUGGUUGAAUAAAAUUAGAAGUCGCUCGACUCUUGAUAGGUAUGGAAAAAAAGCAUUCGAUUAGCAUGUCAUCCAGAUGAUAAUCUAAUGUAUUUGGUUUUAGAGUUAAAGUAGAGUUGAAUUUUGAUUUUAAUUAGGUUGUAAUGAUUGUGUUAUUGAAUUAUUAGUGUGAAAAAAUAAUGCAUA